UGCGGCCACAGUUGUCAGUUACGAAGCCAGGCGGGAAGAGAGACAAGACCGGAAAAGAAGAGGAGAUAAGAGCCAAGGCGUCUGUGCCAAUACCGGACACAGAUUCUCACAGAAGACACGGGGCAGGGAUCAGAGAGAGCACAUAAGAGAUGUUCGGAACCUAAGGAGAAAAAUAGACAUGAAAGUUUGGGGGAUUUUGCAUUAGCUGGAUAGAUGCUCUGAAGCUGAUAAUUGAAUGGGCUCCUGGGUACUACCUGAAGACUGAGGAUAAUGCAAGCCCAUAAAGCUAAGUGCAUGUGAACGAGAAUCAAUCUCCCAGGGAGCGAUUUUAUGUUCAGUGGUUGGUUAUCACUGGGAGAGGCACAGUGAGUGCGGAAACUCGGUUGAUGCAAAGUGUAGUGCAGCUUUUUGCUAAGCUUUGGGCCACUCUUUAUCAUGGGCAAUGCGGCAAUGUGUAAGGCAUGUGGUUCAAGUAAAGGCCUGCGGACCAUUGGAAGUGAUCUAUCUCUGGACAGUUACUACAGUUCUGUGGCAGAUACCAUGUCGGACAGUAACACCAGCUUCCUGAGGGCAGCCAGGGCAGGUAAUAUUGAAAAGGUGCUGGAGUUCCUCAAGAGCGGACAGGACAUUUCCACAUGCAACCAGAAUGGACUCAAUGCGCUCCAUCUAGCAGCCAAAGAGGGUCACAUGGAGCUGGUGGAGGAACUUAUGGAGAGGGGUGCGACCGUCGACUCUUCAACCAAGAAAGGGAACACAGCAUUGCACAUUGCUUGUCUAGCUGGGAAGAAAGAAGUUGCGAAGUUGUUGGUGAAAAGAGGAGCAGACGUAAACUCGCAAUCACAGAAUGGCUUCACUCCACUUUAUAUGGCUGCUCAAGAGAAUCACCUGGAUGUUGUGCGAUAUCUUCUGGAGAAUGGUGGAAACCAGAGCAUGGCCACAGAGGUUUGUGAUUGUGAGGGCCGAAUAUCCACCCCGUCCAGGAUCCAGGGCUGGGUUAUUUUUAACCCCUCCGGGCCCAAGCAGCAAGCAAGGGCCAGCAAGGGGCAAUCCUACUGGGGAAGAGCCAGCUGGGAAACCUGUCCUUUUCCUCCUGAGGGCCAGGAAUGUGCAUCCACCGGGACAACUGAGGAAGAGGGUGUUAUUUACAGAAUCCCUUGA